AUGGAGAAUCCUUUAUAUCAGUUGAGAUCAACAGCACCUAUGACUGACGACUCGACCGGUCAAGUCAAAAUUUCGUUUGGCUCAACUGUUCUAUCUGUUGAUGAUCCAAAAGCAGUACAACAGACACCCUUUGAUUUAUUUCAAUACAAACUUCGUCGUUUAAUCGAGAGUAUUGGCUUCCGAUUGGUGAUCGCAAUUUUAUUUGUCUCCGAUUUAGUUAUUAUUAUUAUUUCUACAAUACUGGGAUUCCGAGAUAAGGAUUCUUCUGUAUUGGAUAUAAUUAGUUUAAUUCUUUCUGUUAUUUUUAUGUUGGACAUUGCACUUCGUAUUAUUGCUCAAGGACGUGAAUUUUUUCAAAAAAAACUCGAAAUACUCGAUUUAGUUGUGAUGAGCGCCGGUCUUAUUGUUAAUAUUGUAGUUAUGAGUACGGCCGUCAACCAUGAACAAGGCCAAGUUGCAAAAGUUGUUGUUAUACCACGUCUAUUUCGAGUAUUCAAUUUAAUUCGAACAAUUCGUGUUCUCCGUCAUCGAGAACACUUGAAAACUGGUUCUCGUCAUUUAAUUGGACAAAAUAAGAAACGAACUAUUGGCAAUGGAUUUGAUUUGGAUUUAUGUUCUAUAAGUGAUAGAAUCAUUGCUAUGUCGUUUCCAAGUAAAGGCACAGAUGCUUUUUUUCGAAAUGAUAUUGUUGAUGUCAGUCAUUAUCUCGAUCUAACAUAUGGCGAACAUUAUCGUGUGUACAAUCUAUGCAGCGAACGCUUUUACAAUACAGCUUUCUUUCAUGAUCGAGUUGAACGAAUUCUAAUUGAUGAUCAUAAUGUACCAAGAUUAAAUGAUACGAUUCGAAUGGCAGAUUCGGUUACUGAAUGGUUUGAACAAAAUGAAAAAAAUGUUAUUGCUGUUCAUUGUAAAGGUGGCAAAGGUCGAACAGGUACAAUGAUAUCUGUUGCUCUAUUAAAAUCUGGUGUUUGUCAAACGGCUACGGAAGCAUUGACUUUAUUUGCGGAAGGUCGAACAGAUCUUCGCGAAGGUAAACAAUUUCAAGGAGUUGAAACACCUUCUCAAACACGUUAUGUUGGUUAUUAUGAAAAAAUCCUUCACGUUUACAAUCAUCAUAUGCCACCAACAAAAAUCUUGAAACUAAAAGCAAUUGUUAUCAGAUGCAUAGCAAGCGUUGGCAAUGGCGAUGGUAGUGAUUUAUUCUUUACAGUCGGAAAUUAUGAUGAAUUAUUAGGAAGAUUUCAAUUGGCUCAAGAUAAUAAACUUGAUAUCAAUUGUUGCAAGAACGACCACAAUAAGGGAGAAGAUACAAUAACUAUUUCAGACAUUCGUUUAUCUUCGUUGAAAGGAGAUGUUAAAAUAAUGUUCUUUUCAACAAAUAAAAAAGUACCAAAAAACUAUGAUAAUUGCGCGUUUUAUUUUUGGUUUAAUACAUCCUUUAUUGAAAAUAAUUCGCUUUUAUUAAAACGUGACGAAUUGGAUAAUCCGCAUAAAUCAAAAACAUGGCAUAUCUUUCAGGAAAAAUUUUCCGUUCUACUCGUAUUCGAGAGUGACCAGUAG